AUGGAGGCGAAAGAUGUCUCAGAGGCUGAAGACAGAGCUGAGGAUCCAGGUUCCAAAAAUAAAGGCCAGCCUGAUGCUGCGCAGCCUGAUUUCCCACCAGGAGGGCAGACCCCCGGCCCCACUGCCCUCUGGGAGAUGCUAGAAAGGAAGUUUCUGGAAUACCAGCAGUUGGCUCCCAGGAGCCCUGCUGAACAACAGAAGAGCCUGUUGAAUCUUCUCCCACUGUUCCUAAAGGCCUGGGAACACUCCGUGGGGAUCAUCUGCUUUCCCAGUCUUCAAAGGCUGGCUGAAGAUGUUUCCAACCAGUUUGCCCAAGAAAUACAGAAGGCGCUUGUGGGAAAGCCUGCAGAGCAAGCACGGGUAGCAGCUGGGCAGCUGCUGCGAUGGAAGGGAGACGCGGACGUGGAUCAGGAUGGUUACCUACUCCUGAAGUGGGUGUACAUGCUCACGGGGACAGAUUCCGAGACGCUGGGCAGAGUUGCUGAGUCUGGGCUCCCAGCCCUGCUCCUCCAGUGCCUCUACCUGUUCUUUGUCUUUCCUCUGGAAAAGGAUGAGCUUCCUGAGAGUGAUGUUCAAGUUCAGAGGAUGUUUGUGCAGAUGUUGCUCAACAUUUGCGGUGAGGCUCAGGGUCUGGAGGGACUUCUCUCAGGAAAUGAGCUCCAGUCUCUCAUGAUCGCCACGACAUGUCUUCGGGAGCACAGCUGCUGCUUUUGGAAGGAGCCCACCUUCUGUGUGCUGAAGACCAUCUCCAAGGCCCAGAAUGUCGGCGUCAUCCAAUACCUGCAGGCCAUGGAUUGCAUCAAGAUCUCCCUCCAGAACCUCUCCAGGCUUGUUGACACCCUCCCCGCUCCUGAGGUGAGCGAGGUAGUGAGCCUCGUCUUGGGCUUUGUGAAGGACUCCUAUCCCAUCUCCUCAGCUCUGCUCCUGGAGUUUGAGACCGGGGAGGGCUACCCUCUGCUGCUCAAAGUGUUACUUCGGUACGACGGACUGACCCAGAGCGAGGCUGACCCCCACCUGGAGGAGCUCCUCGGGCUGGUGGUGUGGCUGACAACCUGUGGGAGGUCAGAGCUGAAGGUGUUCGACAGCAUCACUUACCCUCAGCUUGAAGGCUUCAAGUUCCAUCACGAGGCUUCUGGGGUGACUGUGAAGAAUCUUCAGGCCUUUCAAGUCCUGCAGAAUGUUUUCCACAAAGUCAGCGACCCCAUCCUCUGCACCAAAGUCCUGUCCUCCAUUAGGACCAUGUGGACCUGGAACGCCCGCAACUUCUUCCUGCUGGAGUGGACCCUGCAGCCCGUCUCGCAGUUUGUGGAGAUCAUGCCCCUGAAGCCGACCCUGGUGCAGAGGCACUUCUUCCAGAUGCUGGAGGCCCUGGUGUUUGAGCUGCGUUAUGUGCCCCACGAGAUCCUGCGGAAGGUGCAGCGUCUGAUCCAGGAGAGCCCGGAGUCACUCUGUACCCUCAUGGCCCUGCAGAGCAUUCUCAGGAUUGCCGGUGGCGACCCGCUCUUCCCUGACAUCUUCCGGGACUCAGGGCUCCUGGGUCUGCUGCUGGCCCAGCUGCGGAAGCACGCCAAGAUCCUGAGGAAGUCAGGAAAAAAAGAGAUCAAUCCUGGAGUUCAAGAUACAGAACGAGAACUGACUUGUGUGAUGCUGAAAACUGUGGUCACGCUUCUGAAAGGGUCCGUUAGGAAUGCAGUUGUCCUGAAAGACCACGGCAUGGUGCCCUUCAUCAAGAUCUUCCUGGAUGAUGAGUGCUACCGGGGAGCCUCACUCGGCAUCUUGGAGCAGCUCUCAGUCAUCAACACCGAGGAGUACAUGAGCAUCAUCGUGGGCGCUUUGUGCUCGUCCACUCAGGGGGAAAUACAGCUGAAACUGGAUCUCCUGAAGUCUCUGCUCCGGAUCCUGGAGACCCCCAAAGGCCGCGCUGCUUUCAGAGUCUCCAGUGGGUUCAACGGGCUGCUGUCCCUUCUCUCUGACCUGGAGGGGUCUCUCCAGGAGCCCCCACUGCAGACGUGGGGGGCAGUGUCCCCCAGCCAGACCCUGGACCUUGUCCUGCACAGCCUCUGUGCUUUGUCAGCUGCACUGUACCUGGACCCUGUCAACAGUGACUUCUUUAGGAGGACCGGGCUCUUUGAGAAGCUGGCCGAGGACCUGUGCUUGCUGGGCUGUUUUGGGGCCCUGGAGGAAGAGGACGCCUCUCCGCCCUCCUGGGAGGACACCAAGGCCAGGCCAUUUGCUGAUCUGCUGAGUGCGGCCUUUUCCUCCGCCAGCCUGCUCCCACCCAAGAUCCAGAGCUGCCUGCAGAUCCUCAGCUUUCUGGACAGCAUGGCCCGAGGCACUCUCCACCUGCGCAGGGACCUGAAGGAUGCUCCGAGGACCAGGCAGGAGCUAGCGGUGGACCCUCAGAGGGCAGAACCUGGCAGUGACCCCCAGGGAAGCUUCAAGCAGUGGCCAGACCUGGAAGAGAGGACAGACGACAGUGAUGCUGUGAUCAUGCAGCCCGGGGUCCUGUGCAUCAUGGUGAGGCUGCUGCCUCGCUUGUACCACGAAGAUCACCCUCAGCUUUCCAGGGAGAUCCAGUGCUCCAUGACCGGUCACAUCCAGUCCAUGGUGAAGUCAGAGAAGAACCGUCAGGUCAUGUGUGAGGCGGGGAUGCUCAGGACCCUCAUGACUUCUUGCCACAAGGCCCUGGCCACCAGCAGCAGCCCCUUGCACUCGGGCCUCAUCAGGAUUUUUGAAAAGCUUGCGUCCCAAGCCAUUGAACCAGACGUGUUAAGACAGUUUCUAGGCCUUGGAAUUGCUUCCCCUCCAUCGGCUGCAAAGAAAAAACUCAGUUCAUCUCAUGUGCAUGGAGGGGACUCUGGAUGCCCAGGGUCACAGGCAGCGAUGCCAGUGCCUGCUGAGGGUUCUGCAGUGGCCCCCGGGGAUGCCGGCCCUCUCCCAGCAAGCACACAGGCCCUCAGGCCCACGGGGCCAUCCCAGACCUCGACCACCACCCUUCAGACAGCACUGAGCCUCAUCUCCAUGACCUCCCCCCGCAACCUGCAGCCUCAGAGGGCGGCCCUGGCUCCAUCCUUCGUGGAAUUCGACAUGUCCGUGGAAGGUUACGGCUGUUUGUUUGUUCCGACCCUGGCUACGGUGAUGGGAGCCAGCACUGAGUAUUCAGUCUCUGGAGGGAUUGGGACAGGCGCUGCCAGGCCCUUCCCUCCGCCCGGCGGCCUGACCUUCUCCUGCUGGCUCCUGAUCGGCAGGCACAGCUCAGCCACGGAGGGCCAUCCACUGCGCUUCCUGACCCUGGUGCGCCACCUGGCCAGGACCGAGCAGCCUUUCACCUGCCUCUCCGUCAGCCUCUGCCCGGAAGACCUCUCCCUGGUCGUGUCCACAGAAGAGAAAGAGUUUCAGCCCCUGGAUGUCAUGGAACCCGAGGACGACCCUGAGCCUUCUGCGGGACGCCAGCUGCGGGUCAGGUGUGGCCAGCUGCUGGCUUGUGGUCAGUGGCACCACCUGGCUGUGGUUGUCACCAAGGAAAUGAAAAGGAAUUGUACAGUCUUCACCUACCUGGAUGGACAGGUCAUCGGCUCAGCCAAGAUGUUGUACAUUCAGGCCUUACCAGGACCAUUCCUUUCAAUGGAUCCAUCCUCAUUUGUGGAUGUUUAUGGAUAUAUUGGUACCCCUCGAGUUUGGAAACAAAAGUCAUUACUAACAUGGCGUCUGGGCCCCACGUACUUCUUUGAAGAAGCCAUCUCAAUGGAAACUCUGGAAGUUAUUAACAAACUUGGCCCAAGAUACUGUGGUAACUUCCAGGCUGUGCAUGUCCAAGGAGAGGAUCCUGGUGUGGAAGUGGCGCCCCUGGUUGCAGAGGAAAAGCUUUCCUUUGCCCUUCACAUAGCCAGCUCCUCCGUGACCAGUGUUGCAGACAUCAGAAGCGCGUACAAUGAGGUGGACAGCCGUCUGAUUGCCAAAGAGAUGAACAUUUCAUCCCGUGACAGUGCCGUGCCUGUGUUCUUGCUAAGAAACUGUGCUGGUCACCUCUCGGGUUCUCUUCGAACCAUUGGAGCUGUUGCUGUGGGCCAAUUAGGGGUAAGGGUGUUCCACUCCAGCCCUGCUGCCAGCAGCCUGGACUUCAUUGGCGGGCCCGCCAUCCUCCUGGGCCUCAUUUCCUUAGCGACGGACGACCACAGCAUGUACGCAGCUGUGAAAGUCCUGCACUUGGUCCUGACCAGCAACACCACGUGUGACCGCCUGAUGAAGCACAUCCGUGGGUACCAGAUAAUGGCAUUUCUCCUGAGGAAAAAGACCUCUUUUCUGAACCAUCGCAUUUUUCAGCUGAUCCUGUCUAUCACCGGCACUGCAGAGCUGGGCUUUGGGCCCUCCGUAAUCACCAACGUUGGCGUCUUCCAGCACAUCCUCUGCAAUUUCGAGCUCUGGAUGAAUGCUGCCGACAAUUUGGAGCUCUCUCUCUUUUCCCAUCUACUGGAAAUCCUUCAGUCAACAAGGGAAGGACCCCGGAAUGCUGAAGUUGCUCACCAGGCACAGCUUAUUCCCAAGCUCGUCUUCCUCUUCAACGAGCCAGGCCUCAACCCCUCCAAGAUGUCCACCAUCAUUGACAUCCUGGGCUGUCAGCUGAGGGGCCACUUCAGCCUCCAGGACUUGCUCAGAAUUGGGCUGUUUGUGGUGUACACCCUCAAGCCUUCGUCGGUGAACGAGAAGCAGAUCUGUGUGGACAGAGCCCCGGACCCUUCCCUGCCCGCUGGAAGCCAAACAUCUGGAAAGACAAUCUGGCUCAGAAACCAGUUGCUGGAGAUGCUGCUCAGCGUAAUAUCUUCUUCCCAGCUUCAUCUGUCCUCUGAGACAAAGGAAGAGAUGUUUCUGAACCUGGGGUCCGACUGGUUCCUGCUCUUCGUGCAGGCCCACGUGCACCCCAGCACAGUGGUGCUGGGCUUGAAGCUGCUGCUGCACUUUCUGUCAAGCCCCUCCCUCCGAGGGCGAUUUAAAGACGGCCUGCCUGCAGGCUCCUGGGUGGAACGCAGCUCCGAGGGCACGGACAUCGUGAUGGAUAACCUGAAGAGCCAUCCUCCAACGCCUGACCAGAGCCCCUGCCUGCUUCCUGGGUUCCGAGUCUUGAGUGACUUUUUGGCCCACCAUGUUCAUAUUCCAGAAGUCUACCUCACCGUGUCCACCUUCUUCCUGCAGACACCACUCACGGAGCUGAUGGACGGGCCCAAGGACAGCCUGGAUGCCAUGCUUCAGUGGCUCUUGCAUAAACACCACCGGGAGGAAGUCCUCCGGGCAGGGCUGUGCACUGAAGGUGCCCUGCUGCUCCUAGAGAUGCUGAAGGCCACCAUGAACCAGAUCUCAAGUCCUCUGGCCCCUGUGCAGCCCCAAGUCAUGCCUCCACGUGCUGCCUCUCAUGGAGCAUGUCCUCAGCCCUCGGCAGGUUCUGGAGACGGCGCCUGGGAACGGACAUUCCCGGCCAGUGUGCUGCAGUUCCUCGGCCUCGUGCACAGCACCUACCCCCAGGAUCCAGCCUGGCGGGCCCCGGAGUUCCUCCAGACCUUGGCUGCAGUUACCUUCCCUCUGGGAGCCCAGAAGGGGGCCGUGAGUGAGUCUGCCCAGAACACCAGCAGCCCCGAGGCCGAGGCUGAAGGUGACAACGCUGCGGAGGGUCUACAGGCUCCUGCUGAGUCACAUCCCACCCGGAAGCAGCUGAAGGAGUUCAUGCAGCUGCUCUUGAGGGAGUUCUUGCUUGGGGCUCCAAACCCCAAGCAGUGGAUGCCCCUGGAGGUGCUCCUGGAGGCUUCUCCAGACAAUGCCACCAGUCAACAGAAGCGGGACUUUCAGUCUGAGAUCUUGCUUUCCACCAUGGAGAUAUUUCACGUGAUGAGUGGAGGUCAUGCAUCGACGCUGAGAGGCAGUAGACAGCCUCAGCCAGAGGCAGAAGCUGCAGCUGCUCCUUCACUUGCCAACACCUCCCACUUCAUCCAGAAGCUGGUGGAGAAGCUGUACAGUGGGAUGUUCUCAGCAGACCCCAGGCACAUCCUUCUCUUCAUCACGGAGCACAUCACGAAGGUCAUCGAGAAUGCCUCUUCUCAGAAGGACACUGCCAUCAGCGCUCUGUACAGCAGUUUAAAUAAAGCCAUCCUUUACAGCCUCUCCAAGCCCCACCAGUCCCUCUCCGAGUGCCUCAGCCUGCUCAGCACCCUGGGCUUUCUGCAGGAGCACUGGGACAUCCUGUUCGCCACCUAUAAUUCCAACGCCAGCUUCCUCAUGUGCCUCAUGCACUGUCUGCUGCUGCUCAGCGCAAGAAGUUAUCCAGAAGGAUUUGGAUUGGAACCCAAGCCUAGAAUGACUCCUUAUCAUCAAGUCUUUCUUUCUCCAAAUGAAGAAGUGAGAGAAAAAAGAGGGGACGAAUUCCCAAGCUUGAGCGAUGUUCAGCACAAUAUCCAGAAGACUGUACGGAUUCUCUGGCAGCAGCUCGUGGCACAGAGGCGGCAGGAACUGGAGGAUACCUUCAAAAUCGAUCUUUCUGUGAAACCUGGAGAGAGUGACGUGAAGAUCGAGGAGGUCACCCCGCUCUGGGAAGAAACGAUGCUCAAGGCCUGGCAGCAUUACCUAGCAUCUGAAAAGAAGGCACUGGCCAGUCGCUCGAACGUUGGACACCACGGCAAAGUUUCUUCAUGGAGCGGCAGCUUGUCCUCAGCCAUGAGGCUGAUGCCUGGGCGGCAGACCAGGGACCCUGCAUGCAAAGCGGAGGACUUUGUGUCAUGUAUUGAGAACCACAGACGAAGAGGACAAGAACUAUAUGCAUCUCUAUACAAAGAUCAUGUACAGAGACGGAGAUGUGGCAACAUCAAGGCGGCCAAUGCGUGGACCAGAAUCCAGGAGCAGCUUUUUGGGGAGCUGGGCUUGUGGAAUCAGAUGGCAGAAGCCACACCCUGCUCCCAGUGGGAACUGGAUUGGAGAGAAGGACCCGCUCGUAUGCGGAAACGCAUCAGACGCUUAUCUCCAUGGGAGGCCCUGAAUCAAGAAAGGCUCAAGGAAAGCCAAGACAGAAAUGGCAAUGUUUCUCAGAUAAACACUGAACACCAAGAUGAGCUGACACUGAAGGAAGGUGAGAGCGAGAGAGACGAGGUGGUGGACUGCACCCAGCUGACCUUCUUCCCCGCCUUGCAUGAAAGCCUGCACUCCGAAGAUUUCUUAGAACUAUGUCGGGAAAGACAAGUCAUCUUACAAGAGCUUCUUGAUCAUGAAAAGGUGACGCAGAAGUACUCCCUCGUCGUCGUGCAGGGCCACCUGGUCUGCGAAGGGCUCCUGCUCUUCGGCCAGCAGCACUUCUACAUCUGCGAGAACUUCACGCUCUCUCCCGUGGGCGACGUCUACUGCACCCGCCACUGCUUGUCCAACAUUAGUGACCCAUUCAUCUUCAACAUGUGCAGCAAAGACAGGUCUUCUGACCAUUACUCGUGCCAGCGCCACAGCUACGGCGAUCUUAGGGAGCUCCGGCAGGCACGUUUCCUCCUGCAGGACAUUGCCCUGGAGAUCUUUUUCCAAAACGGAUAUUCCAAGUUUCUUGUCUUCCACAACAGUGAUCGGAGUAAGGUCUUCAAAAGCUUCUGCUCUUUCCAACCCAGCUUGAAAGGAAAAGGCUUCACGGAGGACACGCUCAAUCUAAGGAGGUACCCCAGCUCUGACAGGACCAUGCUGCAGAAGUGGCAGAAAAGAGACAUCAGCAACUUCGAGUACCUCAUGCACCUCAACACCCUGGCUGGGAGGACCUACAAUGACUACAUGCAGUAUCCAGUGUUCCCCUGGGUCCUGGCCGACUACACCUCCCAGACAUUGAACCUGAUGAAUCCCAAGACUUUCCGUGAUCUUUCUAAGCCCAUGGGAGCUCAGACCAAGGAAAGGAAGCUGAAAUUCAUCCAGAGGUUUAAAGAGGUUGAGAAGACUGAAGGAGACAUGGCUGCCCAGUGCCAUUACUGCACUCACUAUUCCUCGGCCAUCAUUGUCGCCUCCUUCCUGGUCCGGAUGCCACCCUUCACCCAGGCCUUCUGCUCUCUGCAGGGUGGAAGCUUCGAUGUGGCAGAUAGAAUGUUCCACAGUGUGAAGAGCGCAUGGGAAUCGGCCUCCAGAGAGAACAUGAGUGAUGUCAGAGAGCUGACCCCGGAGUUCUUCUACCUGCCUGAGUUCCUGACCAAUUGCAACGCCCUGGAGUUUGGCUGCAUGCAGGAUGGAACAGCACUGGGGGACGUUCAGCUCCCUCCCUGGGCUGAUGGAGACCCCCGGAAAUUCAUCAGCCUGCACAGACAAGCUUUGGAAAGUGAUUUUGUCAGUGCCAACCUGCACCACUGGAUAGACCUCAUUUUUGGGUACAAGCAGCAGGGGUCAGCCGCAGUGGAGGCUGUUAAUACCUUCCAUCCCUACUUCUAUGGUGACAAAAUGGACCUCAGCAGCAUCAGCGACCCCCUGAUCAGAAGCACCAUCCUGGGGUUCGUCAGCAACUUUGGACAGGUGCCCAAACAGCUUUUUACUAAACCCCAUCCGGCCAGGACUGCCGCAGGGAAGCCUUCCCCUGGGAAGGACGUCUCCACCCCUGCCAGCCUGCCUGGGCACCCGCAGCCCUUCUUCUAUAGCCUGCAGUCACUGAGGCCCUCCCAGGUCACAGUCAAAGAUAUGUACCUCUUCUCUCUAGGCUCGGAAUCCCCCAAAGGAGCCAUCGGCCACAUCGUUCCUACGGAGAAGGCCAUCCUGGCCGUGGAGACAAACAAGAUGUUGCUGCCUCCACACUGGAGCAGAACCUUCAGCUGGGGCUUUGACGACUUCAGCUGCUGCCUGGGCAACUACGGCUCUGACAAGAUCUUGGUGACGUUUGAGAACUUGGCCGCCUGGGGCCGCUGUCUUUGUGCCGCAUGCCCGUCCCCCACGACCAUCAUCACCUCCGGGACCAGCGCCGUGGUGUGUGUUUGGGAGCUCAGCAUGACCAAAGGCCGCGCCACAGGCCUGCACCUCAAGCAGGCCUUGUACGGACACACACAGGCCGUCACAUGCCUGGCAGCAUCAGUCACCUUCAACCUCCUGGUGAGUGGCUCACAAGACCGCACAUGCAUCCUGUGGGACCUGGACCGCCUCACCCAUGUAGCCCGCCUGCCUGCCCACAGAGACGGCGUAUCUGCGGUUGCCAUCAGUGACGUCUCGGGCACCGUCGUCUCCUGUGCAGGAGCCCACUUGUCCCUGUGGGAUGUCAACGGACAACCAUUGGCUAGCAUUACCACAGCCUGGGGCCCAGAAGGAGCCAUAACCUGCUGCUACGUGGUGGAGGGGCCAGCGUGGGACACAAGCCACGUCAUCAUCACUGGGAGUCGGGAUGGCAUGGUCCGGAUCUGGAAGACUGAAGACGUGAAGAUGUCUGUUCCCGGGCAGGCAGCGCCAGAGGAGCCCUGGGCUCCAUCAUCUCCAAGCCCCAGAGUUCACCGGUGGGAGAAGAAUCUUGCCCUUUGCAGAGAGCUGGAUGUCAGCGUGGCUUUGACCGGGAAACCCAGCAAGGCCAGCUCUGCAGUGACGGCUCUGGCGGUGUCCAGAAACCAGACCAAACUCCUGGUCGGCGAUGAGAAGGGAAGAAUAUUCUGCUGGUCUGCAGAGGGGUAGGAGGCAGGAGCCGGUGGAGGCUCUGGAACGGC